AUGAUGGCAGGGAGGAACGUCACAGAGUUUGUCCUACUGGGCCUCACUCAGGAUCCUGAUGUACAAAAAGCCUUAUUUGCCCUGUUUUUACUCAUCUACAUUGUGACAGUGAUGGGCAACCUGCUCAUUGUGGUGACCAUUAUUGCCAGCCCCUCCUUGGGCUCUCCUAUGUAUUUCUUCCUUGCCUACCUGUCACUCAUGGACGCUGUGUAUUCCACGGCCAUCUCACCCAAGAUGAUUGCAGAUUUCAUCUGUGAGGUAAAAAUCAUUUCCUUCCAAGCUUGCAUGGUCCAGCUGUUCAUUGCACACUUAUUUGGUGGGGCUGAGGUUUUCCUUCUGGUCAUGAUGGCCUAUGACCGCUAUGUGGCCAUCUGUAAGCCACUGCACUAUUUGACCAUCAUGAACCAACGAGUUUGCAUCCUCCUGUUAGUGGUGGCCUGGGCUGGAGGUUUUGGACACUCUAUUGUGCAAAUUGUCUUUGUGUACAGUCUUCCUUUCUGUGGCCCCAAUGUCAUUGACCACUUCAUCUGUGACAUGUACCCACUGUUGAAACUUGCAUGUACUGACACUUACUUCAUAGGCCUCACUGUGGUUGCCAAUGGUGGGGCCAUCUGUAUGGUGGUCUUCAUCCUCCUCCUCAUCUCCUACGGUGUCAUUCUGAGUCAUCUCAAGACUCAGAGUCAGGAGGGGAGGCGCAAAGCCCUGUCCACCUGCAGCUCCCACAUCACGGUGGUUGUCUUGUUUUUUGUCCCCUGUAUUUUCAUGUAUGUCAGACCCGUUUCCAACUUUCCCAUCGAUAAAUCCUUGACUGUUUUCUACACCAUUGUCACUCCCAUGCUGAAUCCUCUGAUAUAUACUUUGAGAAAUUCAGAAAUGAAAAAGUCCAUGGGAAAACUUUGGGGCAAAGUAUCAACAAAAGUUAGAAAACCAUGCUGA